CAUUACAGCCUACCUUGGAGAGUAACAACGUUGUCGAAGAGACCAUAAUUGCAGAUCCUGUUCCUGUUUCGGUUCUCGAAUCUGACACCAAUGACAUCUUCGUUAUCACCAGAGAGGCACCAGCCAGCCCUACUGGCGUGUUGACAGCAGCGAUGUCUCCCUCUCCCUGUACUGAGCAGCAGCAUUCGGACAUUGAGGAAGAGGUCCAAGUUCAGCCGGAAGCCUCGUGGACCAGUCAUAACGACGUCGUAAUGCAGGAUCUGACUUCAAACGGCCUGCCCGAAGAUGAAGAUCUCAGUUCUGUCGUACAUGCCGAACAUCCUGGAAUUCGCGCUGCAAACUUCCAAGUCGAACACCAUCUUGAGGGCAAGCACCCUCUGGAUGAUGAGCAUGCUGGCGUAGGUCACCAGCCUGUCAAGGAUCAGCAGUCCGCCGAGGAGUCUCAGCCUGCAGAGAAGCCUCAGACAACCCCGCCGGAUACUGAAACCAGUGCCACUCAAGAACCCCCCGACGAUGUCAUUGGGGCGCAGCAACUUCCAACUCCACCUGACACAAUUCCACCUAAUCAGCAGUCUCUACGUGGAGUCACUGACCGCUCUGGCUCGAUAAGAGUGACGAAAAGGAAGACGAAGCCAACCCCGUCCGGCCUCACUGCACGGAAGACAACAUCCAAGUUGAGACUUGGAUCUGUACCAUACACUGCUGCGGAGUUGUAUCAGCUUGCUGAUUUCAUCAAAGAACAAGAGCGUGUGGAGGAGAAGCGAAGUUGGGUGAAAGAACUUGCAGCCAAGCAGGCCGAGCUGGAACACGCCAGCCAGCACAAUUUGAGCCUCCAAAGCGAGUGUGCAGAGCUCAAAACUAGUCUCGAAAAGUAUGCUGGCUUCUCUGCAAAACUCAAGACAGUUAUCUUGGCUUUCAAUGGCUUUGGUCACGACAUGAAGGCGAUACAGAAGGCCAAGGCUAGGUACGAUAGGGAGUUUGCACAACUCAAAACUCAACUUGACACCAAUCUGGACGCAGCCACAAAGGUCUCGGAUCAAGGUCUGGAGAAGAUCAAUCAUCUGCGGGUCAAAACCUUGGGCAUGCUCCAGGACUGCAGGACCUUCAUCAAUGCCCUGAAGAAGGACAAGUCUGAUCUCCAAAGACGUCUUGAUAAGACAUCCAGAAUACUGGCUCAGGAAAAGGAGCGUCAAGCCGCUUUCGACAAGCGCCUCCAGGAUCUCCAGCAGGAGAAGAAGUCCAGCGAUGAAACUUUCAAUGGACGCACCAGUAAACUCAGCGAGCAGCUGAGCGAGUUCAAGAUUCUGAUCGAACAGGGUGCUUCCGCGAGUGCCACUUUCUCGCGCGAGCAUGCGGAGUCGAUGAAGAAAGAAUACGCGACUUUGUCUGAAUCAGUCCGUUCUUCCGGCACAGACACCGAGAAGAUCAAAAUGUCCAUUGAUCAGCUCUCUUCGGGGUAAGUUUUUCAUAGAGGUCGCUCAAAGCCAUAUGCUAACAGAUGUCUAGCUUCCAGAAG